AUGGCACCUGUCAUUGACAGUACAGCCAUUCCCGGCACUCUUACUCUGGUCGAUGUCAACCAUGUCCUGGCGACCCAGCACUUAGCCCGUGGAGAUCAGGACAUUGUGCUUGUCCCUACGCCCUCGAAUGACCCAGAUGAUCCACUCAAUUGGAGUCGUAGGCGGAAAAUUCUUUCUACGAUCUGUGUGAGUGUAUAUACUUUGUUUUCUGGAAUUGCUUGCUCGGUGGUCUAUUCGGUAAUUACACCACUUCAUGAAGCAACAGGUUUGUCGGUCAGUACCCUCAAUGAAGGAACCGGGUAUAUGUUCCUACUUGCUGGAUGGGGAUUGUUGUUUUGGCAGCCUUUUGCUAUGCAGUAUGGCAAGAGGCCGACAUAUAUUAUGUCGUUAAUUGGUAUAUUGGGCGUGACGAUGUGGGGACCGUACGCGCACACCAACGGCCAAUGGAUCGCAAGAUCCGUCAUAUCGGGAUUUUUUACAGCACCCGUAGAGGCUAUUCCUGAGAUCUCCGUUACCGACGUGUAUUUCACCCACGAGCGAGGAACAUACAUGGGCCUCUAUGCAUUCUUUCUAGCAGGCAGUAACUACUUUGCACCGGUGAUCUGCGGCUUCAUCGCCGAAUAUCAAGGCUGGCGCUGGGUGUUCUACUGGCCCAGCAUAUUCGCCGGCUUCGCAAUUAUAUUCCUAUUCUUCUUCUGCGAAGAAACCAACUACGUACGAGAAUACGUUGAGCAGCCGGCCACUGUGGUGCGCACUGACUCAUCAACCGUGAGCGAGAACAGUGGUGAACACGAAAAAUCUGUUCCGGAUGCUGAUUCUGAAGCCGCUGAGGCUGGGACGGUAUAUACUAAGAAGUCUUAUGCGAAGAAAUUGUCGCUUCUGGGGCCUCGUCAAAAGCAGAAUACUAUGUUUCGCCGAUUGUGGCAAAUUAUGUAUUAUCUGUCCUGGCCGGUCAUUUUCUAUGCUGGCUUCUCAUACGGAUCCUAUCUGAUUCUUUUCAAUAUCCUCAAUGGAACCGCGUCGAUCAUUCUCGGUGGAGCGCCCUAUAACUUUGGAUCUUCGAUGGUUGGUCUGAGUUACCUAGCACCCUGUCUGGGCGUGAUAUUAGGAUCCCUCUUCACCGGCCGCUUCAGCGAUUGGCUGACAAUCAAACUCGCCCGGCGAAAUAACGGAGUCAUGGAAGCAGAACACCGUCUAUGGCCAUUCCUCGCUUGUCUAGUGCUUAUCCCCUUCUCUUUGCUUCUCUGGGGAGUUGGUGCAGCCCACGAUAUUCACUGGUUUGGCCUGAUCGUUGCCAUGUGCGUGUUAGCCUUCACCAAUGUUUGCGGUAUCACCUUGAGUGUCAACUAUUUCAUUGACAGCUAUCGAGAGCUGAGUGGUGUCGCUAUGGCCAGCGUCAUCUUGAUCCGGAACACCAUGUCCUUUGCCAUCGGUUACGGUAUCACGCCCUGGGUUGAGAACAUGGGAUACCAGAACUGCUUUAUUUCUGCCGCUUUCGUUGGCAUGGGCUGUGCAGCGGUAUUCUUCAUCAUGAUUCUGUACGGCAAGACUUUCCGCGAACGCUCACGCGAGAAGUACUGGAAAUUAGUCCAAGAGAACUGGGAGAAAGGUAUGGGCCAUUGA